AGAUAACAUUGAUAGAAACGGGCCUUAAAUAUAAGAUUCGACCAUCAAUACCGGCUUCUGUAUUUCAAAAUUGAUCGUCACACUAACAUAUUAUCAAUUAUGCAUAUGUCCAAUCGAAUAUUUGAGGUUGGGAAAAUCCAAAUCCGGCAGCGAUGCCGCGGCGGCGCAUGUAUACAAAUCCGUAAUGGCGAUGUGGUUAUUAAUGCUUGCCGAUUUUCCUUAGUCACGAUUCGAGAGAUUAAUUUGAAACCAUUGAAAGAAACCAUGCACACCAUGUGGAAUUCUCCAUGGAAUCAACCUCGAAAAACGGAACUAUUGGCUCCUGCUCUAAUGGAAAGCUUAGAUAUCAAUGCAGAUGAUUUUGACUUUCAUCCUCAAGUAUAUUAUACAAAUAAAAAUUCCGUAGUGAAGCCUUGUUCAAAAUGCAAUAAUAACAAUAACAAGAGCUUCUUAUUAAUGAACGGACAAAAGACUCUGCAUGUUCCCAAUGUUGAAGAGUUUCUGAACAAGUUGAGUUGCACCGGAAAUGACACCAAAAUAAAGGUUGUUUCGAUAUUUGGAAACACGGGCGAUGGAAAACGCCAUACGAUGAACCAUGUGUUCUUUAAAGGCAAGGAAGUAUUUAAAACAUCAAACAACCAUAAUUGUUGCGCACUAGGCAUCUGGGCAGCGUUUGAUCCAGUUCUCAAUGUUAUUUGCCUGGAUACUGAAGGUUUACAAGGAGUUACGAGUUGUGAAAGUGAACAGGCACUGUUAUUAGUUAAAGUACUCGCAGUAUCUGAUAUUAUAAUCUACGGCAACCACUCAGAAAGGCUGAAUAGGGAUUUAUUCACAUUUUUGGGUACUGCGUCGCGCGCUUACAGUCAUUAUUUUAAAGGAGCUCUCCAGGCAAUUGGCCAGAUAGAGGGAAUCUCCAGUUCUUCAUUGAGUACAUUUGGACCGAGUAUUAUAGUGUUUCAUGAAACUAGGGACAGCAAACCUUUGACCAACAAUGGAGCGGAAAGUGUAGAAGACAUGUUGAGAACAAGAUUAGGAGAAAUGGCUCUUGAAAUUGACGCUUUUAGUUCUAUCAAAUAUGUUGGCGUGCAAUCAGUGAAUAAUGUGAUGAAUUACGAGCAACUGCGAUCCGCGAUCGAGACUGAAGUGAAUAACACGACGGUCCGUAUGGCCAGAAAACCGUUUCUGGUUUAUAAUACGCUUAAGUUGUUGAAUGAGCAUCUCUCCACUGAGAAGAAAAAAUAUUGCCUCCCUUUCUUCCCAGAGCAGUAUUUUACCUGUCCCGCUAAGUGUUUAAGUUGCGCCAAUAGGUGUAACAAGAGUAUGGGACACCAUCGGGAAGCGAAACCACAUAGUACCAGUGGCAGAUGCAAAUACGAGUGCCAAUAUGAAAAUGCGAUAUACCUGUGCAAGAAAUGUUACAAGAACGGAAAGCAAAUUGAGGUGAAGCGGUAUCAAGAUGGAGACCAGAAUAGUAGUUGGUACGGCUUUGCCACAACCGUCUUGUCGGGGUACGUUCUGGAGUGUUCGCGUUGCGGAGUGAUAUAUAGAAGCAAACAGUACUGGUACGGCAAUAAUCCCGAAGAUAUUGCUAUCCGCAAAAAAGUCACACAUGUGUGGGGAGUGCCGAAUCCUCCCCCAGUACCUCAAAAUACGGCGCAACGGGUCAUGGAUAGUGUCUCGUACAUCACCGAAGCUGUCGCAACUGUUUCUCUGCAACCUACGAAAGCUUUGAAAGCAUGGGCUGCGGAUCAAGUGGCACCGUCCUACUGGCGACCGAACAGCGAGAUAAAGCACUGCCACAAGUGCAAGACCGUGUUUGGCUUGGCACGUGACAAACACCACUGUCGUGACUGCGGAGAAGGCUUUUGCGACAAAUGCUCCUCGAAGACGCGGUGCGUGCCCAGUAGAAAUUGGUACUCACCCGUUCGAGUCUGCGAUACGUGCUACGAGAAAGAAACAAACUCCUCCAGCAACGAAUCACUGGAACCUGCCGAGGACGUCAGCGUACGGAAAGUGACAGAGCACGUGGUAUCGACUUUCAGCGUCGUUGGAACUGUUUUCAACUAUUCUAAGUCAUUCAUAAAGGAUUCCGUUCGUCCGUCUUACUGGGUGCCCGACUCCGAGAUCGUCAACUGCAACGUUUGUGAAUGCAACUUUUCCGCCAGGAUUCCUUUACACCAUUGUAGAGCUUGUGGGUACGGCGUGUGUCACGGAUGUUCGCAACAUCGUAAGCCUGUACCUCAUAGAGGAUGGGAUCAUCCAGUUAGAGUAUGCGACUUCUGCGUUUUAAAGUGACUGAAAGGAUAGUUCAAGGGAUCUCAAGGGAUAGAAGCCAAAACCCAUAGAUCUUAGAGAAACUUCAAUUUUAAAAUUUUUUAAAACAAUAAAAAAAAUUUAUAAUUUUUUAAAUUUCUCAUUUGUUACUUUGAUAUCCCACAGGCUGUAUUCCAAAAUUCACUCUCAGCUCUGAAAAGCUAUAGUGUACGUGACAUAAACUAUAGCGUUUCAGUACUGGCAGUGAAUUUUGGAACACAGUCAAAAUUUAUAUAAUUAGACAAGUAUCCUCCUUAAUUAAUAUGCAAAUAAAAAUCCUAGUUUGCAGUUAAAUAUGAAAAAUUGGAGAGAAAGAAAGAGAAACGAAGAGACGACAGUGCACAGUUUUGUUUAUACAUUUUUAAUACAUUUAAUAGUUUUACGUAUACAUCCAAAAGAGUAAUUUGAGAGUUCUUUUUAUAGUGCCAGAAUUUUUCAAUACGUUUGAAAGUACAACAUUUAUUAUUAAAAUGUCUAUUCUGAAAAUCGUAUGUAUAAUUUUUACAUACAGCUUAGAGAAAUAUACUGUGCCAUAAUUAUGAUUACAUCAUUUAAAAGUAACUUCCUGAAGUGUUGUGUAUUGGAUGUAGAAAGAGAAAUACCUUUACCUUUAGUACAAUUUUAUAAUGAUAAAUAUAUAGAUUAUAAUUACAUUUAUAACAUCGUUCCACGUACAGUGCGCUGUAAUUCUUAGAUUUCUGUUAAUGAUGAGACUACAAAGAGAAAGUUUAAUUGUAUUAUGUGAUAUAAUAGAGAUAUUAACGUUUGUACAUAUGUACAGUGAUAAUAGUAACUAUACAGUUAUAGAAGGAUAUUGUGGAUAUAGGAUAUAGAAGGAUCUGUGGAAGAUGUAAUCCUGUGGCUGUGACAAUUGUUGAUACCUAUAAUAAAGCAUUUGCAGAUACUAUAGGACUACGGACAGACCGAUUAGUACCGCACGACUUUUUCCCCGAUGUGAGACUGUUACUUUUAUCAACGUUCUGUACAUUAUGAUAAACGGCUAAAAAUAAAGUUUGAAUGAACAAACA